UUUAUUCGUUCAUCGUUUUACUUUUUGUGUCAUUUUUCACGUUGAUUUUUCUCAACUAUUUUACGUUUAUUUUCUUUCUUCGGAGUUAUUUCCUGCAUUAAUUUUCCUGUCGGUGUUCGAGAUGUCUGAAAUAUUCGAAAUGAAGAAACCAAAAUCAACGCCUAAAAGUAGCCGCAAAUCCACCAGUACAAAAAUACGAGGCAUCAUGCGACUGAGUGAAGAAACUAUCGAAGAAAGUGCUGCUUUAUCAGCAUCUAUGCAUAUGCUUCGAAAACACCGACUGUGUCUUCAAUACCAGCUCAGAAAGCUGAUUAGAAGAGAAAACAGACUAGGAAGGAUAACCAGGGAGUUCCAGGAAGCCAAAGACGAACUAGAGGAAGCGGCUAACGAUAUCCAGACCCUUCAUGUAUUCCAGAAAAACGAUGAACCAGAUGAGGUGCUCGAGUUGCAGACUGCGAUGGCCUUAAAUGAUACCGUAGUAGCCCAGCAACAAAUCAAACGCAUUCAGAACGAACUCAAUUGCAUGUCUCCGAUAGUAAAUGGAACUAGGAGGAAUUGUGGCACUCCGAUUCGUUGUUACGAUGAAGUGAUCAUCCCAGAAAUACCGAUCAGUGAGACGUGGAAUCCUGACAGUACUCUCCCAGCAGGGACUCGUACCUGCAGUAUUUGCAUGGGGAAGGAAGCGAACUCCGUAAUCGUUGAUUGUGGACACGCUUGCAUGUGCAUAGGAUGUGCACUAAGCUACAUUGCAGAAAACAAUCAAAAAUGUCCGAUAUGUCGAGCCGGAAUCCAGCGGAUAAUCCUACCACAGUCUAUUUGAAAUCAGUAACAGUUCGUCUACAAGUUAUUAUGAUAAUCAAAUCAAUAAGUAUAGGUACCUACCUACUUAUUUUGUUUUUGUGAUAAAAAUCUAUAUACACCACUUUGAAAAUGUGAUGUUUUUAAUCAAGUAUUUUGAUAAGUCUCGACAUUCUACCUUCUCACUGCAUUUUUUUUCAUUUAUUUUUUUAUUGUUUUAUUGUUCUCGUUUUUUCAUUUUUUUAUUCAUUAGGUAUUUUAUAAGCAACUUUAAUAAUUUUUUUUUACAAAACUCAGUGUGAAUAGUAUAGUAUAUGUACUUGUAAUUCACUAAAAUUUCACAUUGUACUAAAAAGCAACUCUCUAAAGCAAUUUACUGUUAUUAAGCAUGAAGUUUGAAUUUCUUUUAAUUAAUUUCUUUGUGUUAUACAAAGUUGUUUUGUAUCUUUUUAAUUUUUUUUUUUUUAAAUUUCAACUACAAGUAUUUGUAAGUGUUAUAAUGUUUACUCAAUUUUAUGUGUUCUAACGAAAGUCAUAAUACAUAUAUCGAUUACUGCCAAUCUCAAAAUAUAUUUUUUCUACUGAUUUUUCUAAAAUGCAACAUUUCCAUGUGAGAGAAGAUAAAAUCAAACCCUGACUUCAACUUAAAGUUGGAAUAUAUAAUUCCUAUACAUUCACUAUCUGUAAAAUUCCAAUCUUUUCUCCAACAAAUUGAAGAAAAUAUCAUUAAAAUACACCACUUGUUAGUAAACCCUAUCCCACCUUGGCAAUCUUUUAACCCUAUUAUUGACCUAUCCUUGACAGAAUUUAACAAAAAUCACACCAACUCCAUCAUACUUAAAAGACAUUUUCUUCUCCUUCUUGACAAGUACGAAGAAUUCAGUCUAUAUACUGAUGGUUCAAAAACUCAACAAUUCACUGGAUGUGCAAUCAUUCAUGGCGAUGUAUCUAUCGCCAUUGCUCUCCCCUCCCUUUGCACUAUCCUUACUGCAGAACUAUAUGCAAUUAAAUCUGCAAUUUCAUAUUCCCUUGAUUUUUCUUUAAAUAAUGUCAUAAUUUUUACUGACUCUUUAUCUGCUCUUUUAUCAAUAAAAAACUAUAGGUCAAAAUAUUCACACCCUAUAUUACUUGAGAUCAUUGAACUCCUUCAACUCUUCCAAAAUAACAUACCCAUACUAUGUUGGAUACCUUCACACUCCCAGAUUCAAGGAAAUGAGCUAGCAGACAAAACAGCCAAACAGGCACACCUCCACCUCCCCCUUGCCAACAUACCAAUCCCUCUAUCUGAUUUGAAACUCCAUUCCUAAAGACUAAUGCACGAAGUAUUUCAAUCUUCAUGGUCUCAAGUCCCAAGUUCAAAUAAACUCAAAAGCAUUAAAAACACCACAUCUUUAUGGAAAACUUCUGAGCAACAUCAACGUAAAUCUGAGGUUCUUCUCACGCGACUCAGGACUGGCCACUCCCUUCUCACUCACCAAUUCAUAUUCCUGAAACAGCCUCCUCCGUUAUGCCCAGAAUGCAACAACAUCCCCCUAAACAUUGCUCAUUUACUAAUAGACUGCCCUUCCUACCAGAAUGAACGCUCCAGACACCUAAGUUCUAACCAGCUACAAGUCCUCCUCUCUGACAACCCUUCUCGCACAGACGAAGUAAUUAAAUUUCUAAUCUCAACAAAAUUAGAUAAAAAAAAUUUAAAAUUGUAUGUACA